AUGAAGGGUGUUUUGCAUUUUGAAAAGAAUGGGAAGUUGAGUCCUCGUUUUGUUGGAUCUUUUGAGAUUAUAGAGAGAAUUGGUGUUGUGGCAUAUCGUUUUACAUUGCCACCAUCUCUCUCCGCAGUUCAUAAUGUUUUCCAUGUUUCGAUGUUGAGGAAGUACGUGACAGAUCCAUCUCAUGUAGUGGAUUAUGAAUCAUUAGAGAUUGAUGAGAAUUUGAGCUAUAUAGAGCAACCAGUUGAGAUUCUGGCUAGAGAGGUAAAAAUGCUUCGUAACAGAGGGAUUGCAUUGGUGAAAGUAUUGGGGCGAAAUCACCAAGUUGAAGAGGCAAUAUGGGAGCGAGAAGAUGAUAUGAGGGCUUGUUACCCAAAGUUGUUCGAGGAUUAG